AUGAACGGCCACUUUUCCGCCGUCGGUGACCAGCCGGCGAACGGCAAUUAUGACCAUGGUUGUCAGGUCAUAGAUGAAGAGAAGGAGUUCAACCGCAACCUCAACGACUACCUCCAGACCACGCACGUUGCCGAGGCAGGCUUCAACUACCACCUCAUCUCCGUGUUUGGAUCUCAGUCGACGGGAAAGUCGACGCUCCUGAACCACCUCUUCGGCACCACAUUCUCUGUCAUGUCCGAGACGGAACGUCGUCAAACGACCAAAGGCAUCUGGUUGUCUAAGAACAAGCGUGAGACAAGUGCCGGAACCCGGAUGGCAGACAACAUUCUCGUUAUGGACGUCGAGGGUACCGACGGCCGAGAGCGUGGAGAGGACCAGGAUUUCGAGCGCAAGAGCGCUCUGUUUGCCCUGGCUACUAGUGAAGUUCUCCUGGUCAACAUCUGGGAACACCAGGUUGGCUUGUACCAGGGAGCCAACAUGGGCCUGCUCAAGACGGUGUUUGAAGUCAACUUGCAGUUGUUUUUGAAAGAUAAAAACUCGACCCCCCGAUCUCUCCUAUUCUUCGUCAUCCGAGACCACAUUGGAGUGACACCGUUGUCAGCUCUUCAAAACACAUUGAUUCAAGAUCUAACGAAGAUCUGGUCGUCCAUUUCCAAGCCAGAGGGUCUGGAGCAGUCCCGUAUUGAAGACUACUUUGACUUUGGCUUUGCAGCUCUACCCCACAAGAUUCUACAAGGAGAAAAGUUUGAGAGUGAAGUCGCGCUUUUGGGAGCGAGGUUCACCACGGGGCACCGAGUAGGAAAGGGUGACGACGGUGUUGCAGAGACCGAGGGAGGUAUUCUCUUGCCCGAGUAUCACAGGAGAAUUCCCGCGGAUGGACUGUCGGUGUACACAGAGGGCAUCUGGGAUCAAAUUGUGAACAACAAGGACCUGGACCUGCCGACGCAGCAAGAGCUUCUAGCCCAGUUCCGAUGCGACGAGAUAUCUCGAGAAGUCCUGGUUGCCUUUGACCUGCUUCUGACCCCGCUUGAGGAGCAGCAGACCCAAGCCUCUAAGCUCGGCAAGGCCAUUGUGCUUCUUGAUCUGGGCGCCACAGCUAGCCAGGCCCGUGAGAAAUGCUUCAGAGCUUUUGAAGUGCAGGCUAGCCGAUACCACAAGGGCGUCUACACCCGAAAGAAGCAGGAGCUAGAGAGCAAGGUUGACGGUCGACUCAAGGCCCUGUACCAAGGACAGAUCGCGGCAGCUCACAAAGCCGGAGUCGCGGCCUUUAGCGAAGCCGUUGCGAACAAGGUAAAGGCCGGGCAAAAGGCCGGCGGAGCUUAUGAGUUUGCCGAAAUCGUCUCCAACGAGAAGAAGAAGACUACGGAAAUCUUCAAGGCAGAGGUAGACAGCCUUGUGAUUGAGGGCGUCGAGUGGACCAACUUUGUGUCCCAGAACCAGCUCUUUGAGGCCGAACUCGACGAGGUUAGCAGCAAGCUGCGCAAGGACGAAAUCCGACGGCUGGCCACCCGGGUGGAGCGUUGGGUCAAGUCACGGUUGGGCGACGCCGUCGGCCUAGAGUUCAACAAGCUGGGAUCCGGCAGAGGAGGCUCGGGAGCGCCCGAGGAAGGCCAAAAGCCGCCGACGGAAAAGGAUCUCUGGGACCGAAUCUGGAAAGUCUUUACUGGAAUAGUCAGCGAAGCCGAGACCCGGUUUGCUGACCGAGCCAAGAGCUUUGAUGCCAGCGAUUCUGAAGUCGAAGUUGGCCUAUGGCGCCUCCGACGUAAGAGCUGGACGGCUCUCCGAGAGAAGAUUGAGGAGGAGGUCAUGGAGGGCAACAUCCUCUUGAAGCUUAGGGAAAACUUUGAGGACAAGUUCCGAUACGACGAUGCUGGUGUGCCGCGCAUCUGGAGGCCGACGGACGACAUCGAGGGUAUUUAUACCAAGGCGCGAGAGUCUACGCUCACAUUGAUACCCCUCCUUUCCAAGUUCAAGCUGCUGUCUAGCAACGCGUCUCCGGAUCUGAUUGCAUUCAUUGGCGUGCAGCCUAGCGGAGUUGAAGCUGGCGACGAGGAGGAUCUUGUUCCCAUCGGCGGCGUCGAUGAAGAAGAGGGCAAGAGCCUCGAGGAGGAGAUGACGGUGCUAAAUGAGAACAAGCGACAAGACCUGGUCGUGCGCUUCAAGAAGACAGCAGAUGGCGUCUAUGUCGAGGCCAAGCGAAGCGCCAUUGGCGGCAUGACCCAGGUGCCAUUGUACUUUUACGUCCUGCUCCUCGUUCUCGGCUGGAACGAAAUCUGGAUGGUUCUGCGCAAUCCGCUCAUGUUCAUCCUUCUUAUCUUGCUUGGUGGAGGAACUUAUACCGCGUGGUACCUCAACCUCCUGGGCCCCAUGAUGCAAAUGGGCAAUGCCGCCGUUAACCAGGGCAUGGAUAUUGCCAAGCAGCAGCUGCGCGACUUCGUCGCCAACAAUGACACUGCACGACAGGCGUUGGCCAUGCCGGCGAGGCAAGACAGCGACAUCAGCAUGGACACGCUGGAUAGCCGUGGAAAGAAGAAGACUGAGUCUGAGAGCCUGGAGGACAUUUAG